AUGACGACCUCCAGGUCUCUGAUGAGCUCACUGUCCAUUCCUAAUGGCUUCUCAGCACAAGGAGCAUCCUCAUCAAAGAGAAUAGAGUUUAUUUUGGCGUCAUUGAUAGUACGACGUGACGACAUCCGUACAGAGUGGGACAGCCAAAAGAAGAUUAUCCAGAUUUCACCAAAGUGUACAGCAGUCCCAGUUGGUGGAUCACUUGGUCAGAAAGUGACAGUAGUUAAAUCUGCUGAUGGAAGAAUUCUUGUCAAGUCUUCAGAAACCUUGAAUAAAGAUGUCAACAAGCCUGUGACUACUGUGUCUGUGCCUACCCCAACAAAAUCAGUAUUGGUUAGUGCAACCAAACAAGUCAUUGUGCCCUCAAAUCUUGCAAACAAGGAAGGGGAAGGGAAGAAGGAUAUGGCAGUGUCAAGCAAAAAAGAUGAUUCCACCUCUGCAAAGAAUACCCCUUCUAAAGACAGUAAAAAGCUGUCAGACAGUGGAGCUGUGCCAAUUCUGAAUAAACCUACAUCUGUGGAGAAAAAGAAACCUGACCCAGUUGAAGUUAGGAACAAUAUUAAGAAGACUCUAGCUGAUUGUCUCGUCAAACGCUACCAAGAUGCAAAAAAAGAAUUUGAUAGUCUGAGUGAAGAUGCCAUCAAAGAUCUUGCAGUAGAAAUAGAGAAAGAACUUUAUACAUUCUUUGGGAAGGAUGUGGGAUUUAAGUAUAAAUCUCGCUACAGAAGUAUCCUCUUUAAUACAAAAGACACAAAGAACAGUGGACUAUUUCGCAAGAUUUUAAAUGGAACCAUAUCUCCUGCUAACUUGGUGAGAAUGACAUCAGAAGAACUUGCCUCCAAAGAACUUUGUGAAUGGCGGGAGAGGGAAGAAAAAAAGGAACUUCAGGCCAUUGAAAAAUAUGAAUUGGACAUGAUUGCCCUUGGUAAUCAGUAUAUAAUGAAAUCACAUAAAGGAGAAAUUGAAAUUGACAAGGAUGAAUUUAUUAAGGAUAAAGAAAAAGCACCUGAAACCCUCAACUCACUCCCAGCUGAUCCAUUAACAGAGGUUCUGGAGGAUACAACUUCAGGUCAUGCAAAUCACAUUUAUGAUCUCAAUUGCAAGAUCUGCACAGGAAAACAAGACCCAUCAUAUACGCGCCAAGAUUCGAAAUCUUACGACGAAAAAUCUCAAGAGAAGCCUAGAAGGGAUAAAAAAGAAGAUAAACAUAAAGAACCACUAAAAGUGAAAGAUAGAAAAGAAAGAAAAAGUUCAUCAGAUAAGGAUAAAAGGGAAAGGAGAGAGUCAUCAGACAAGGAGAGACAUAAGCACAGAAGUAAAGAUACUGAAAAGGACAAAAAAUCAAGAGAAGAACGGAGCAAAGAUAAAGACAAAGACAGAGAUUAUAGAGAUAAAGAUAAAAUCAAAAGUAAAGAUACAAAUAAAGAUGAACACAUAAGUGACAGAGAUAAGGAUAAAAGCAGAGUGAAGCACAGGAACAGUAAAGAUGGUGAAAGAGAGAGGCAUAAAAGUAUUAGCAGCAACAGUAAUGAUAAAGAGAAGAAAGAUAAGGAAAGAAGAGAUUCCAGAGAUAAACGAGAUGAUCAAGACAGAAAACACAAAGAUAAACAUAAAGACAGGAGAGAUUCAAAAGGUGAUAAAGACAGAAAAAGAAGAGAUAGUGAAAAAAGUGAAAGAAAACGAAAACACAGUGAAUCUCGUAAUGAUGAUAGGAAGAGAAGAGAAAGUGAUAAAGACAUUUCAAAGAGAACAGACAAAGAUGAUGAUGAGAAACAAAAGGUAGAAGUUAGUACAAGUGAAGAUGUGGUAUUUGACUCUUACCAAAUGGGCAAACACUUCUCCUCACACACGGACUGUAACACCAAAGAUGCUGAGCCAACAUCUACUGUUGUUGGGUAAGUCUUUAUCUCUCUAUUCA